AUGUUAACUCAUUUACCUAAAUGUGCAUCAUUGAUAAAAGAUGAAAGAUCUCUGGAAUAUGACAGAUUAACAAAAAGAAUAGAGAAAUCCAUAAUUGAGAAUUCUCUAUACAGAUUAGCUACAGAUAUAAAAUUUUUGUAAGGCUUUUAUUCUGUGCAUUCUUUCAAUCAAGAGGAGAAAGAGAAGCUUUUUGCUUUAUUAAUAGAAUACAGUCUUUAAAAGUAUGUAUAUAGUACAAAACAUUUAUUCUAAACUCCUUGCACUCCAAAAAAAAUUAAAUUAUUUCUGUCAGCAUUCACUAAGAAGAUAUGCAAUAAUAUUUAGAUUAAAUAUGAGGAUCUAAAAUAAAUUUAUGAUGAAGUUAAUCAGAAUGGCUUAGAUACAACAUUUGAUAAUACUGAUUAAUAAAUUAGGAGAGGAAUUUAAUGCUUAUAAGAGUAAUAUUUUUAGUUUACAAAUAGAUUUUUUGCAUUAUUUCGACACUUAAUUCCACCCAGUUACUUCCCUUAAUUAAUAGAUAAUUAUUUAUAAGGAGAAAAUCUUAAUCAGAGAUUAUUUAGAGUAGUAAAAUCUGAGCCAAUUUCAACUUACACAAAGAGUUUUGAGAUGUUGAUAGAAUUUAAGAAGUCUUCCCAUGUAAUUAGAUAAUUGGAUCCAUUUUUAAUUGCCUAAUUAAUCUCGUAAAAUUAUAAUGUCCUAAUUUUAUAGUUAUCGUCCUGACUUACCAAUAGAUAAUUAUUUGGACUUUAUAUUAGAAGAUAUUUAUAAUAGCUUUAUAGUACUCUUAUUAAAUAUCUAAAAUUUAUCUAUUUAAGCACCUAUUUAAAUACAUCAUGGAGGCAUGAGACCUUCAGAUUUUAUUUAACCAUUAGUAUAUUUAAUUGGUUCAUCAUAAACAAGAUCUAAAGUAUGGGAUACUAUUGAAAGAAUGUUUUUGGUAAUUUCAGAUUUGAUUCAUCCAAAUAAUGCAACUUCAAAUGAUUUUGUAUUCUCUUUUUUUUAUAUGUUUGUAAAAACAUUUGUUGAAAGAGUGGAAGCUUAAAAUUAAUAAUAAGAUAAGAAUUAGGAAUAAGAUAAUGUUUUAGAAAGUAUUAUUAUAUAUUUAAUUAUAUUAAAGAUAAUAUAUUUACAAAGGAUGAAUAAUUAUUUUUAUAAGAUGAAGAGAUGAAUGAUAUGGAUGAGGAGGAAGAAGAAGAAGAUGAAGAUAGUAAUGAUAAAGAGAAAGUAUUUGAUAAAAAAGAAUUUAUGAUUGAUUAAGAAGGAAUUGAUAAAUUUAUAUCUAUUGUUAAACCACAUUUAAAAUACUUAAUUUAUUAGAAGAAUAGAUUUAAAAUUUAAGUAGCAGGAAUAUAUAAAGUAUAAUAUGAAUAAUUAAUUAAUAGUCUUUAUGUAAAUUAAGACCUAAGGAGAUUUUACCUUAUGUAAUGGAAUAAAUUUAAUUGGCUUUAGAGAGAGAUGAUAUGAAACCAUUACUUAUUAUUCAUAUAAUUGAGAAGAUAUUUAGACCAGCAAUUUAAUUUGAUUAAUAUCCACAAAUAAUCAAUUAUAUUCCAUUUAUAUUAAGAUAAACAACUAAUUUUAUUUUAGAUAGUGGAGAAUAGAUUUGGAGAUUUUAUGAUAUAUUAUUUUAAUAUAUUCCUAUUUAUGAUGUAAAAGAUUUAGAAGCUUAAUAUCCAAAUCUUAAUUUAUAAGAAGGUAUUUAUAAAAUAUAAUUAUUAGAAAUGAAAAUAGAUGAUAUAAAUUUUUAUUAAAUUACCUAAGAAAUAAGUGAUUUGGCUUUAGAAGCAUUCAGAAAAUAUGUUUCAACAUUUGAAUAUAGUGAUGUCAAAUAUCAUACUAGUUAAAGAGGUUCAGAGAUUAUAUUUUCAACAAGAAAUAAAUUCUAUAAUUUUGUAUUUUAAAGUUCUAAAUCAAAUUAUAAAGAAAUAGUUAAUAUUGUAUGUAAUUAUUUGGAUGAUAAAAUACUUAAUAAUUUAUCAGAUAAUUUUGUUUUACUUCUUUAAGCUAUUAUUUUAAGAGAUCCUAAUGUUCUUAAAGAUGUUUUAACUGUAAUUUAAAAUUAACUUUUGAGAUAAACAAAAGAUCAUUAUGAAUUUAAUAUUUCCAAUAUCACAACAAUUAGAAAUUAUUUAAUUAUAAUCUAUGAAAUUGUUUAAUUUUCAGGAAGUGUUAAUAAAUAGUAUUAUUAAAUUUUGAAAUGUAUAAUUGAUUUAAGUUUGAAACAUGAGGAAACUAAAAUAUAAUAAGCAGGUUAAAAUAUAUUGGCUUGUUUAUUAAUGAGUUAAGCUGCAAUUCAUAUUAGAGAUUUUUAAUUUACAAAUGAUCCUACUAUUUAAUUAGAUUGGUUAAAAUUAAAAUAAAAAGGAAAAUAGGAAAAAUAUAUACCAAAAUGGUAAGAAAUUGAUGAUUAAGAAUUUAUUAAAUAAAUUAUGGAUGAUUAUUAUCAUCCUGCACUUUAAUAAAUAAGAGAAAUUAUUACAUAAAAGGGUGAUAAUAAAUAAUUCCUUGAUUAUUUACAAAAUGAUUUUUUAUCUUAAUAUGAAUAAUAAUAUUAAUUAGAUACAAAAUAGAAUUGUUAAUAAAUUGAACUUAAAAUUAGAAAGAAUUUGUCUUUAAAUUUAGAUAUUAUUUAUGCAUUUGUGAGACCACUCUAUUUUAGAAUGAAAUAAUACAAUUAAAAUUCAAGUGAGGCUUUUAAGAAAUUUUAAGAUUAAUAUUGUUUUGAUGUUUUAAAUUAAAUGUAUAAUGAAGUAAUGAUAUUACUAUUAUUAAGGUAAUUCAAUUUUGUGUUGAUUUUGUUCCUGUCUAUAUUAAUAAUGGAUUAGCUUUAGAUGGUAAAUUGGCUACUAGUUUUAUUAAUAUCAUUAAAUUAUUAAUACAUGAAACUUCUGAUAAGAUUCAAAGAUUAGGUAAAUGGUUAUAAGUGAAAACAAGAUCUUCAGAUACAAAUAAGAUUAAAUUUUAUAAUAGAUUUUAAUCUUAAAUGUUUUAUACCUAUUUAUUAAAUAAUAGAAUAGAUUAAAUUUAUUAUAAUCAAAUAAUGAAUCAAUAAAAUAAAGAGUAUUUUAUUGAUAUUAAUAAUUUAGAAUGCUAUUAAUAUCUAUUCCAUUUUUAUUUGAUUCCAAUGAAUUUAGUUACAAAGUGAAUUGGAUUUGGUUAUCAAGUAGAAUGGAAUUAUUAGAUGAUAGAGAAUGGUUAUAUGAAUUAUUUAAGAAAUUGUAUGAAUAAUUAAAAACAGUUUUUAAAAAUAAAUGGUUUAAUUAAUAAUACAUUGAAACUUUGAAUGAAACUGAAAAAUAAAAACUAUCACUUUUCUAAAAUCAUUUUACAAAAGGAUUUGCUAAUUUUGUUAGUAUUGUAUCUAAUUUAAAUCCUGGAUUAUUUUUGGAUUCUUAUUAAAUAUUUGAUUGUGCAUAUUAAAGUAAAUUUAUUAAUCUAAUAUUAGAUUUGAUAGAUAAAGUAAAUAGAGCAGAUUUUAAUUUAGAUGUAUUAAGUUUAGUAUAAAAAAUAUCUUAAGCUAGUGUUGAAUUAAAUCAAGCUGAUUUUGAUAGAAAACAUAGUAUAAAUAAAUAUAGAUUUUAGUUUUGAUAAUUAAAAAUUAAGAGGUUUUAAAAUAUGUUGAUAGUAUUUUUGAAUAAAGACAUUAAUAUUGGUUAGAAUAGUAAACAAAAAUAAGUAGUGGAUUAGUAUCAUUAAAUGAAAAAUUAAAUUCAAUAGUAGAAUUUUGGUUGAGUAUUCCAAUUGAUGCAUCCACAUCUAGAUAAUUAAUUUCUAAUGGAUGUGCUCUAUUAUUAAUGAGAACAGAAUAAUUACCAUAAUUAAAUGAGAGAGUUAUUUUGAAAGCAUUUAAUUGUUGUAUUAGUUAAGAAUUUAAUAUUCGAAGUUUAGGAAAGUUAUUACUAUAUAGAUUAAUUUAGAUUUGUGUUUUUAAACAUAAAUCAUAUAAAUAUAUAAUAAGAAAGCCUGAAGAUUUUUAAAAUACUUAGAUAAAUUUAGAUUAAUAUAAUGUAUAUAGAUUUAUUUUGCCUGAAGAUUAGAAAUAUUAUAAAUUAAAUGAUUAUCAUAGAAAGGGCAAGAUAUUAUUAUAUAACUCUCUUAAAUAUACUGAUAUAAAGAGAGAAGAAGCUAAGAAAUAAUUUAAGAUUCUUAAAUCAAUCAGUCCUGAGUAAUGGCAUUAAUUUAUAAAUUUGAUGAUUAUUGAUUAAAGUGUAUUAGAUUAAUAACAAUCAUAAUAGCCAAUUAUGUUAUUCUAAUUUAAUCAAGAUAAAUCAUCAAUAGCAAAUUUAUUUAAUGAUGUUGAUAAUUAAGCUAAUGAACAAUUCUUUUAUAAUUCAUAUAUGUAAGCUCCUAUCAGAUUUAGUUUAUUAUAUAAAAAAGUACAAUUUAUGAAAUAUUUAUUUGCAAUAACAGAUUAUGAAAUAUUUAAUCAUACAAAACAUUUAAUUGAUUAAAAUAAUUUAGAUUAAUUAUCAUUUUAGAGAAUAUAUUUAUCAGGAUUGUUAUAUGCUUUACAUUCUUCUUGGGAUUGUUAAUAUAAAUAAGAGAUUAUAGAUUAUUGUAUAGACAAAUUUGAGAAGAUUAUUAUGGAUUAAUCUAGAGAUGAAUUUAAGACAUUUUAGUAUUAUCUACAUGCAGCUUUAUCAAGAUGUGAUUUAAGAAAAUAGGAAUAAUUUUUAAUUUCAAUAUUAGAUAAAGUAUAAAAAGAAAAUGAUAAUAAAAAAUUAAGAUGGAUCUUUUUAUUUUAUACUAUAAUUGAAUCUAAGAAACAUUAAUAAAUUAAAUUAUUAGAAAAUAUUCUUUAAACAAAUGUAGAUUAUUCAAAUUUAAAAGCAGUUUAAACAUUUAUACCAUUGAUUAUUGAUUAAUAGAAUAAAUAUCCUCAUAAUAUAGAAUUAUUAUAAGAAUUUGGUUUAUUAGAAUAAUUUAGAUAACAAACUGCAAUUUUGGUUGAAUCAAAGUAUUUUAUCUUUGAGAAUUCAGAGUUGUUUUCUAAAGGAUUGAAUAUAUUAGUGAAUUAAUUUUAGUAAUAAAAUAUAAAUGGUAAAAUAAAUAUUAUAGAAACUUUAUUUGAAGGUUGGAAAUCUAAGAAAUUCUUCAUUAAUCCAUAUAUAUUAUAAAAGAUGUAACCAAUAGUUGAAUAUCUAUUGACAAUAAAUGAAGAAAAUAAUUUAUAAUAAUUAACAUAAGGAUUAUAGAUCUUUUCAAAUAUUAGAAUUAAAGAAUGUACUAUUACUUUAAUUUAAAUGACAUUGAAUUUAUUAAAGAUUUCUUAAAAUGCUGUUAGAGUAAGAUAAUUAAACUUUUUAAAAGUAAUAUAAUAUCAUUAUACAUAGAUACUCACAAAAGAGAUUUUACAUAUUAAUAGACCUGAAAUAUUAGAGAAUAUUGUUUAAUAUUUAUUAGAUGAAAAUAAGAUAGUAAUGUAAUCAUGUUUUGAACUUACAACAUAGUUGAUCCAAUAAAUGACUUUACAAGAAGUAAAUUGUUAAUUAGAAAUCUAUUUGAAAUAAGUAAAUUUAAUUUAAAAUGUUUUUAGGCUACAAAUAAGGAUACUGAACUUUAAGGAAAAUAAGUUUUAAUGGCUAUGAUUAUGGCACAUCCUAGAUAUACUUAAUCAUGGAUUAAUUAAGCAUUGAAAGUAGUUUUAGAGAAAUAAAAUAAAUUGUAAUAAUAAUAGAAGACAUUUGCAGCCAACUAUUUGAAACUCUAUAGAGCAAAUUAAUUGAUGGAAAUUGAAGAUGUAUAGAUAUAAAUAGAGUUUAUUGAAAAAAUGAGUGAACUGUCAAAUCCUUAUAAUUAUUUUGCUUGAG